AUGAAGCCGCUCGUGCAACAAUCACCAUCGCAUACAACAAACAACACGACCGGAACCAUCUUGAAUAUGCUGAGAUUAUUCCCCAUUUACUUUUUGCUGAUGCUUCUGCUCAUUGGCGUGGCCAUAUACCAACAUGUGGCCGCCGCCAACCUAUCGCUGCCGCUAUUCCCGGGGCUCACCCUCACCACCAUCCUCCUGCUCGUCUUGGCUAUUGCCAGCACUGUCAUCUCCGCUCGUCUUGCCAAAGCGGCCCGCCCGUACCAAACGCUCGGUCGCGGCCUGCCCCUUGCGCAGGCCGUCAUGACCAUUGUCCUGGCCACGCUCUUCUUCUCCAACAUUCCGCCCUCUGAUGCCCGAGACUGCUUGCUGUCCACCAUCUGGCAGCGCCUGUUUAGCCGGCACGACGCCGAGUCGCUCCGCCGCAUCCAGGAUGCGUACCAGUGCUGCGGCUACAACACGGUCCGCGACCGCGCCUGGCCCUUUCCGAAUCACCAAACGGCCCGCACGUGUGAGGAAAUGUACGGCCGAACUCUGGCUUGUGUUCGGCCGCUGCGGGCGGCCUUGGGGCAAGCGUCCGGCAUCGGGUUUGGAAUCGUGUUGAUGAGUGCCCUUGUUCAGAUUGCAUACAUGCUGCUGGAAGAUUAUCAAUCUUCUUCAACUAGCGCACCAGCCCCAUCAAACCUCAUUGGCUAUGGGGAUGCGACAAGGGCCCCGUUGCUGCCCCGCGCCUACCAUGAUACUGACAAUGUCUCCGAAGAAGAUCCUGCUGAGGCUCGCGAAGCUCACCCAGCUCAGGUGGCCACUCGAGAAGAAACGGGCGAUACAGGUGGCAGCCCUUGGCGCUAG